CGUGUCCUCCGGGUUUCACAGCCAAGCAGCAGAUAAAGACAGAACAGAUGAAAACUUUGAAACGAUAAAACGCUGUUAAAGAGUUCCAAAAUUUCAAGUCUGUAGGUUUUCACAAGAUGGAGAGCAUGAACAGCUUUUGGCAACUUGGUGAUCAGCUUCGCGUGCAAUCGAAAGCAUCGGAGGAUCACCAGUGGUUGAUGGCGGCUUCUAAAUUAGCUGAACAGACAAGGAUUAAGGGCGAGCGCAUGAAUAACCUCGACCUUUCAAAAGGUCCAGCCGAGCCAAGGCCAAUGGACAAGUUUGGGUAUCAGGAAGAUAACAAAUGUGAAAUCCUUAACUUUAACAUGCUUAACUUGGACUCGAAAUUAACCGAAAAUGUGAACAAAGCGUCCUUCAGAAACGGCAUGUAUAAUAUGAACGCCAUGUACCAGAAGAGCAACACAAACAUUUUGGGGAAUAUGACAGGUAACAAGUAUAGCGGCAAUAACGUGAGCAACAAGGAGUUCAACAACAACAGCAACAGUAACAACAACGAAAAUGGCAACGCGAACAGUGCGAUCGAUAAAAGGUUCAAGACCUUGCCAGCAACAGAGACACUCCCACGGAAUGAGGUGCUUGGAGGUUACAUCUUCGUGUGCAACAAUGAUACAAUGCAGGAAGAUUUGAAGCGACAGUUGUUCGGUUUGCCUCCCAGAUAUAGGGAUUCAGUUCGGGCAAUAACGCCGGGUUUACCUCUGUUUCUCUACAACUAUACUACUCACCAGUUGCAUGGUAUUUUCGAGGCUGCAAGUUUUGGUGGCUCAAACAUUGACCCAACUGCCUGGGAAGAUAAGAAGUGCAAAGGCGAAUCGAGGUUUCCCGCUCAGGUAAGGAUCCGUAUUAGAAAACUCUGCAAGGCUUUGGAAGAGGAUGCAUUUCGGCCAGUCUUACAUCACUAUGAUGGUCCCAAGUUUCGCCUUGAGCUCUCAGUUCCGGAGACGUUGGAUCUAUUGGACCUAUGUGAGCAAGCUGGGUCUGCAGCAUAAGCGAUGAAAAAACGUUUGGCAAAAAAACUUGCCAACUUUGUAGGUUUUGUGGUAAAACAAAUGCCAGUUGUGUGCUUUUAUAGCAGAUUUUCCAAACAGCGCAAGCUUGAAGGGGUGAAGUCUGGUUAGAGCAAGUCUUUUUUCUUGAGUAGGUUUAAUGAGUGAUGAGCCUCGUGAAUAAUUACCUCUUUGCCGAGUCUUUGUAAGUUUGUUGUAACAUUUGAGAGUAUAUCAUUAUAGCUGUGAAACAACAGACUAUCUCAUCAAUAUGUAAAAGAGAGAUGAUAUAAUGGCUUUGUGACCCUCUGAUCGUGUUUGUAAACCAAGUCCUGGAAUAUGGUUAUCUAUAAUUUUAUGCCGUUUAUGUCAA